GCGCAUCAAAGAGUGGUUUUUUUUCGCCGUCGGGGUUCCGGUGUGAAAUUUCAGUGGAAAAUGGAAAACGGAUGGGAUGUGAUGGUGGCCAAGAUUGUGCGGAAGUACAAUCUAACCGGGGUGAUUAGGGAGUACCAGAGUGAAAUCGAUACGGUCAGGAAAUUGGAUGCCAUUCCGGAGAUCAAGAAAGUCUGUCGCUCGUGGAUCAGAAAACUACCGGCCGUUCGCGGAAACGACGAGGAAAAGUCACACCUCUAUCGGGAAAAUGGAAACGAAAUUUUCCGCAGCCGCAAAAGUCCGCACGUGGCGCUGGAAGCCUACAGCAAAGCCAUCUUUGCAGCACCACGUGGUUCGCCUGCGCUAGCACUGGCACACGCCAACCGUGCAAUCGUCCUAAUGAGCCUGAAAAAGUACCGCGAAGCGUACCAGGACUGCCAGUUGGCGCUGGAGGGCGCUUAUCCAGCGGAAAAUCGACUGAGGGUCCUUUUCCGGCAAGCGGAAUGUGCUCUGCAGGAGCGCGAUCGGGAGGGUCUGGAAAAGGCUUUGGAGGAAAUAGAGCGAUUCUCGGAGGAACAGGAUUUGGCCAGUUUUGAGAUGGAACGAUAUAAAAGGCUGCAGCAGCUAGCUGGGAUCAUAGCGAUUUCAGAGAUACCAUUGGAUUCGGACGACGUUGUACUAAACCUACCGGAGCUUGAAGAAAAAUCUGAUGCAGUGCAUGGAAGGUUUAUGGUCACGAAAGAGGAAAUUAAGAAGGACGCACCGAUCGUACAGGAAAAAGCAGUAUCGUUUGUACCGGUUUACGAUCCCCGAGGUCGCUCCGAAAUACCUCCCUUUGACUGUCAGUACUGCGGGGAAGUCAAUAUCAUCCCGUUUCCUUGUUCAACGUGUGGUCGAGCAUGCUACUGUAGUGUACAGUGUUGCGAAGAACACAGCCAGGUGCACCGCUACGAAUGUCCAGGAUAUGGAAAGCACCUCUGGUAUCUGAUCGGGAUUGCUCAUCUGGGAUUGCGCAGUUUUCUGGAUGGUUUCGAGUCUAGUAUAGAGAACCUUGAUGAUUUAAAAGAAUGCACUGCGGAAAGGUUGUUUGAACAUGUUGCCGAUAAAGUUGAAUCCCAGCAUAAGGAGUAUCCGUACGGGAGAGUUUUUCGAUUGGUUUCCAAUCUUGACAAAAUGGCGGUCACGGACAUGAUCCAGUAUACUUUGACUGCUUACAUGCUUUCGAUAUAUUUAAGUGAUUUCACGCAGUUCUUCAGCGAUCUAGGUAACAGAACCGAUGUGAUGUCAAAGGAAGAUUGGUCUUUGUACAUUUCAGGUGUAAUUUUACGACACAUCGGGCAGUUGGUUUGCAACGGACACGCAGUCAGUGAGCUUCGGAUAUGCACUGCAUCGGAAAACAAUUGCCUGGAAGCAGAUAGCUUCAAUAUUAAGGCCGGUUUCCUUCAUCGAUGCUUCGAAAGUUCCCGGGUGUUUACUGGAAUAUUUCCUCAGAUUAGUAUGUUCAAUCAUUCAUGUGAUCCGAACAUACGGAACUGUUUCAGCAAAAAUUCCCUCUCGGUUUAUGCGACGCGGGAUGUAGAAGCUGGAGGUGAGAUUUUUAACUGCUAUGGACCAAACUUUAAGCUGUUGUGCAAGGAGGAUCGUAACUCGGCGUUAAAACAGCAGUACUGCUUCGAAUGCAGGUGUAGUCGUUGUGUGUCUGGCAAUGACGAGGCCUACGAAUUGUAUGAACGCUACAAAUGUCCGUUCUCAAAAUGUUCCAAGAAAUUCAUAGUGGCGCAGAAUGUAGAUCCUUUUGAAAAAGACAUUAAAUGUCCCAAGUGCAAACGAAUCAUCGAUUGUUCGUGCUUUCAGAUCAUUGCCGGUGGAAUGUCCAGUGAGACUGAAGCUUCAUACGAAGACUUUGAAGAUGCAAUGAAUGCUUACAACAAGUGUAAACUGAUUUUAUCGCAAUAUCACGAAACGAAGAUAACUUUGGCUCAUAUGAUCUUCGUUCAAUAUCUACCGUUCUCCGGUUUGGACGAAAGGUGUCUGAAUGCGCUCAAGAAGCUAGCCUAUGAGUUCGUUGAAAUCCGCGAGCAUCGCUUCGGAACUUUGAGUCCGGAGUAUGUGGUGGCAUGUUUCUAUGUGGUGGAUUUGCUCGUUAUCGAAUCGAAGUGUGAAGGAGAAUUCCGCAUGGAUGCGGAUUCUGCAGAAAUUGUUAACAAGUUGAAAAAAGCGAUUGAAAUAUUCGGCCAUGGAACUAGAAGCAGGUUGAUGAACUAUAUGAAAACUCAUUUAGGAUAGCCAACCCAACAUUGACCAUUCCGAUGAAAAGUAUAUAGCUAUGUACCUCUUUCCAGUGCUUAAUUAAAAAUAGUAUAGUUCAGGGCUUCGACUAGUUGUACCAAAUUAGUUCUAAAAAUUGCACUGAAAGACAUCUUUGCCGGUAGCUUACAGUUAAUUUUAGCAAUACUCAAUCUUUAACGGCGCUUCUGAAAUAUGAGAUCGCGGAAAAGUUAUGACGUGGUCUUUUAGUUAUGACAUGGUCAGUUAUUUAGAAAUAGCAAUAAAAAUCAUAGCCGAUUUUAAGUAGUCAAUAGAGUUUUGAAAGUAAUGUUAUACCUAUAAUCCGUAUGACAAUUUGUUGAACACCAAAAAACUUUGAAACUGUGCUACUUGGAGGCUUCAAUUCUCUAAUUCAUUUUUUUUAUG